AUGUACAGUCCAUCAUCACCACAAAGCAGUGAGCCAAUGUCACCAGAAUCUGACUAUGGAGGAGGUAAUAGUAUCAAUAAUAGUAAUAGUAGUAAUAAUAGCAGUGCCAAUCAAUCACCACAAUUUUCAGUUGGAAAAAUGAAAGUUGAUUCUGAAGAAAAAGUUAAAAAGAGACAAGUAAGAUUAUUAAAGAAUAGGCAAUCUGCAGCCUUAUCAAGAUCAAGAAAGAAAGAAUAUAUUGCAAAUUUAGAAUCAAAAGCACAAGAAUUAACACACUCAACCCAAGAAUUACACGUUCAAUAUAAUAAAAUUUCCUCAACCACUUUUGAAACCAAAUCACGUUUAGAAUUUUUAGAGAAAAGUUUAAGAUCAUUGAGAAUGGAAAAUGAAUUUUUAAGAACAAAAUUUGAAGAUAUAAAUAAUAAUAAUAUAAAAUCACAUUCACGUUCAAAUUCAUCAUCAUCAUCAUUAUCAUCAUCACCUACCACUCCUAAUACUACCACUACCACCACUACAUCAACCACCCCUGUACAAUUAAUAAUCAAUAACCAUAAAUCAGAAUCAUCACCUUUAUUACUAAAUUCAACAAAUUCAUCACCAACAAUUGCUUCAACAUUAAUUAAUACAAAAGAUAUUAUUAAUGUAUCACAAAAUAAAAAUAAUAAUAAUAAUAAUAAUAAUAAUAAUAAUAAUAAUAAUAAUAAUAAUAAUAAUAAUAAUAAUAAUAAUAAUACAACCAAUCUAUUAGAUCAACAACAACAAUCACCAACACCAGUUUUAGAAUCAUUAAUAAAAAAAGAUAGAGAAAGAGAAAUUUUAAUUGGGAUAAAUAAAAUAAAUCAUUUUAAAUUUAAUAAUAAUAAUAUAAAUAAUAUAAAUAAUAUAAAUAAUAAUAAUAAUAAUAUAAAUAAUAUAGUAAAUGAUGAAGAAGAUGAAGAAAAAUGUAAAAUUAAUAGUGUAGAGGAGAGUAAUAGUAAUCAUUUAAAUAAUAAUUUUUCAAAUUUAAGUUUUUCAUCACCAAAUGUAAAUUCUCAACCAAUCUAUUUAACUAGAGUAAGAUCAUCAUCUUAUCAUCCAUCAAAUUAUUUGGGAAUGGAAUCACCAACUAUUAAUGCUGGCCAUCAUAUGAUAAUACCAACUGAAAGUUUAAUUUUAUCUUCAAAUCAUCACCACCAUCAUCAUAAUAAUAUUAAUAAUAAUAGUAACAAUCAUUAUCAUCAUGAGUCUUCUACUGCAUCAUCGUCAUCGGGUGGAAAUAAGUUACCAUCAUUAUAUUCAAUUACAAAUAAUUUAGGUGGUGGUAAUUCAUCAUCUCCAUCAUCUUCAUCAACUUCAUCACCAUCAACUUCAUCACCAUCAACACCAAAAUCAAUGGGUUUUCCAUCUCCAAUUUUCAUUGGUUCAUCCGGGUCUGGACCAUCUUCAUCAGGUUCUCAAAUUAAUCAUAGAUCUUCAAUUAUAGGUUUAAGUAAAUUAAAAUCUUAUAAUAAUAACAAUAAUAGUAAUAAUAAUAAUUCUCCAAUUCUUUACCCAAUUUCAACAAAUCAAUAUCCUUCAUUAAUAAAUAAUAAUAAUAAUAAUAAUAAUUAUUAA